UUUGUUGAUUGACAACUAAACUGUCAUUCAUGCCUGAUUCAAUAUGGUGGAUAGUUUACCUAAAUAAGGGAGAUUAUUUUGUGCGCGAAUUUAAUUUAUUAUUCAAAUGAUAAGUUUAUUUUAAUUAUUGGACGAAUCAAGUGUCGCGGUAUGUUUCCGCUAACGCCCCCUGUAGUAAAGAGACUUCUAGGGUGGAAAAAGGGUCCUGAGGGAUCAUCUGCAGCUGAAGAUAAGUGGUCAGAAAAAGCAGUGAAGAGUUUAGUUAAGAAAUUAAAGAAAACUGGAGCUAUUGAAGAACUAGAGAAAGCUAUUUCAAGUCAAAAUAGCCAUACUAAAUGCGUCACAAUACCAAGAGUGAAGCCGAAUGACAACUUGAUCAACGGACAGUACAGGAAGGGACUGCCGCAUGUUGUUUACUGCCGGCUCUGGCGGUGGCCGCAGCUACAGAGCCAGCAUGAACUAAAGCCGGUCGACCACUGUGAGUAUUCGUACCAGCUGAAGAAGGACGAGGUGUGCAUCAACCCUUACCAUUACAAUAAGAUUGACCCGCCAGCGUUGCCAGCGAUUCUGGUGCCCCGUUGCGAAGGUGAAAUUCGUGCCCCUCCACCGUACACGGACUACGUUCACCACGACACUGACGACCUGAUGCAGAGUGGGGGUGUGGUGGGGGUGGGCGCGCACAGUGCGAUGUACCUCGAGGCCACCCUGGGACAGCAGGUCCCCGGCAACACCACUAUCAGAGUCGCUUCGACCGUGGAGACUCCGCCGCCGGGGUACAUCAGCGAGGAUGGGGACCCCAUGGACCACAACGACAACAUGAAUUUGACCCGGCUGACCCCCUCGCCCCCCGGACUGGCCACAGAAGCAGCUCCUGUACUCUAUCACGAGCCCGCAUUCUGGUGCAGCAUCAGCUACUAUGAGCUGAACACUCGAGUCGGGGAGACCUUCCACGCCAGCCAGCCUUCUAUCACAGUGGACGGGUUCACUGACCCCAGCAACAGUGAGAGAUUCUGCCUGGGCUUGUUGUCGAACGUGAACAGAAACGAGGUAGUGGAACAGACCCGACGCCAUAUUGGAAAGGGGGUGCGCUUGUAUUAUAUUGGAGGCGAGGUGUUCGCGGAGUGCCUGAGCGACUCCUCGAUAUUCGUGCAGAGCCCCAACUGCAACCAGAGAUACGGCUGGCACCCCGCCACCGUGUGCAAGAUACCGCCAGGAUGCAACCUGAAAAUCUUCAACAAUCAAGAGUUCGCGGCGCUGCUGUCGCAGUCGGUGUCGCAGGGGUUCGAGGCGGUGUUCCAGCUCACGCGCAUGUGCACCAUCCGGAUGAGCUUCGUCAAGGGCUGGGGCGCAGAGUACAGACGUCAAACGGUGACGUCGACGCCAUGUUGGAUAGAAUUACACCUCAACGGCCCCCUGCAGUGGCUCGAUCGUGUCCUCACACAGAUGGGGUCCCCGCGGCUGCCUUGCUCUUCUAUGUCCUAAACGCGUGGACGUGGCAUGAGCGUCGUUUAAGUCAACGUUUACCUCGAGUAAUAUUUAUUAUUAGGGAUUCUGUAAAAACAUUAUGAUUUGAUGUAACAUUCAUGUGGCAACUGUUACAAGUGUGAGUCGGACUCGCGCACUAAAGGCCCCUUAACCUCCUUAUACAUAUUAUGAUAUAAAACUAAGUCCACUGCCGCGUCUAGACAAGACGCGGCAGGCAGUCUGUCUGUUCGCGAUAAACUCAAAAACGUAUGCAUGGAUUUUCAUGCUGUUUUCACCAAUAGAUAAUAUGGUUUUUGUGUAUAAUUUUUUUUUCACGAGCGAAGCCGGGACCGGCCGCUAGUUAUUUAUAAAACUGCAAAUGAAUCAAGUUUGUUGGCUCCCAUUGUGCAAUACCAGUUUUUGGCAGCGGCUACGCGUGAAUUUCUCUGAGAAAGCGGAACAUAUUUUCGUACAAACUUUCAAAUCCACCGUAUUUUAUGUUUUAUUAUACGUAUGUAUAGAUGUAACGGUUGCCUAUUGAAUAUACGAUUGUUCUGCAGGAAAUGUUUUUGCCAUCAUCUGCAUUUAUGUUCAAAUUGCAAUUAUAUCGUUAGGGCCCGGUCCCUUUGCUCCAUCAGGCUCCGUUGUUUAACACAGGUUGUGAUAUUGACGUGCGUCGAAACUCCAUACAGUUUCUUUGUUGAUCCCGACGACGGACGACAACGCAACAUAGCACGACGGAGCAACAGGGCCGGUCCCUUAGGCCGAACUGUUUUAAACAAGUGUGAUCUUGUUAGAAGUUUUUAAUAUGAAUAAUUUUUACUUAUAUUAAAAUAAUGCUGUUUUUAUUUCUACAUUUUUUGAUGUUACAAAUUCAUGCUUAUUAUUGCUAUAAUCUCUCAUUAUUAUUAUUAUAACAUUUUUUUACAUUAUCAUUGCAAAAAAACAAUGUGUAGGUCUAAGAAAAGUAUUGUAUUUCUUGAAAACAUUAUUUAAAAAAAAAGAAAACAUUUUAUACAAAAAUAUUAUAAAAAAGCUAUUUUGUAAAUAUAAUUUCCAAAAUUAUUCUUCUUUCCACUGCAAUCGCUGCAAAUAAGGUUACAUUUAACCCUUUAUUCAUGAAAAAUAAUCUGUUUUUAGUUCAUCUAUGUUUUGUCUCGCUUUUUCAGAGUGAGAUAGAGACAUAUUUUCACUAAAUAGAUUUUAUUUAUGAAUAAAAGGAUACCAUACGCCGGACGUAUUCAAAAUUAAGAUAAUUGUAUUAAGAUGUGUAUGGUCCACAGUAGGUAUUACAACAGAAAUCUAAAUAAUCUAUGAGUGAACACAACCAUGUACACAUAUCGUCACUAAAAUCGUAAUGGAACACGACCACACCGCACGACGUCAGAGCUAAGACCGAGUAAUGACUCGGUCAUUCAUUACAACGUUCAAUACAACGCUUGCAAGUUAUAUAGCCAACACAGGCUCUUUUACCCACAACACGGCUACAUUACAAUAAAAUAAAACACUCGUCAGGUAUUUUAAUAAUAUCGUGACGGCGUAUUUUAAUAUCAUCACAAUAUUACGUCGUGACAAAAGACGGCAUUAUGCGUGCGAAAAUGACGUUUUGCGUAAGUGACAAUAGAUAUUUAGAUUUCUGUAGUACACAUAUGUAGUUCACAAUCGUGUUUAAAAUUAUUUCGUGGUGUGUUUAGUAGUUGGGUUGGGAGAA